UAUUGAUGUGUUUGUAAUGACAACAAGUUUUGACUUUUAAAGACAAAUCAAAUCAGAUUUUCACUAAAUAUUUGACAAAAUGAGAGAUAAUUUGAUUAUUUCAAUCAUUUUUAAUAUACUUUUGGUGUCAAUUCACCGAUCGUUUGCCGAAGACUUAAUGAUUGGUGAAUCAAAUAUUGUUUAUAUCAAACUGUUUCAGGCAUUCAAUGAUAAUAUGUCUUAUGAAAGGAGAGCAUUGAUCACAAUAAAUGGUGUCAACAACAGUCCACUCAUACGACAGGAACCGCUAUCUAUUGAAUCGAUUGCUUCACUCAAACAAAGUUCAAGUGAUGAUUCAUUUUAUCACUUGAAAGCAGUUGCCGUAAAAUCUCUGGACGACGACACACCAGUCAAGACGUCUACCACUUUCAUCAAAGCUUGUUCACUGUAUGAGUCCUUUUUAUCUGAUAUUCUUGUGGUAACUCUUGAUUCAAACGGUCAGUUCUUGUCAUUGAGUGUCUCAUCCAUUAACCCUCAAUGCAUUCCGUCAAUAAAGAGCUCUUUAGCGACGAAAUUGACUAAUUUCAACACUACUAUCAUCGUUAUGCCCACUCAUGUCUCAAAUGGACCGGACACACAGACAUACGUUCAACGACUGGAACAGGAAAAGGCAGAGAAGAUUAGGGGAGACAAAGGAGACAACCGAUCAUUUUUUGCUAAAUAUUGGAUGUACAUCGUUCCGGUCGUUAUAUUUUUAUUGAUCUCAGGCGCGGCUAACCCUGAAUCAGGUGCUGGCGGUGGACGUUAAUUGUAGAGACAUAUUAGUUACCUUAAACUUAAUUUAAUAAAUACUUUUUACAAUUUAAAUACAGUAAUUAUAUAAUCAAUAAAAUGUCAAUAUUUCUACUAGUCUUACAUUAAAUAUUUAUA